AUGACCGUCUCAAGGGAUCUCGAGGCCCCUGCCGUCGUUAACGACCCAACCGCUGACGAUGCCACUAUCGAAAAGAAAGAAUACGCUGAUGGGACGCCGGCAAAUGAUCCCUUUGGAAAUGAAGAAUGCGGAGAGGUCAAAUAUCGUGUCAUGUCGUGGUGGCAAUGUGGAACAUUGAUGGUUGCUGAGAAUAUUUCCCUCGGGAUUCUGUCUCUGCCAUCAGCCGUGGCGACGCUGGGGAUCGUCCCAUCGGUGAUUCUGCUUCUCGGAUUGUCCGCAAUCUCGUGGUAUACCGGCUACAUUAUGGGACAGUUCAAACUCCGGUUCCCUCAGAUUCAUAGCAUGGGAGACGCGGGAGAGCUGCUGAUGGGCCGCUUUGGACGCGAGUUAUUCGGCAUCGGUCAGCUCCUGUUUUUGAUCUUCCUGAUGGCCAGCCAUAUCCUCACCUUCACCGUGCUCUUCAACACCAUUACCAACCACGGAACCUGUACCAUUGUCUUUGGGGUGGUUGGAUUGGUGGUGAGUUGCAUCGGAGCCCUGCCGCGCACGAUGGGCAAAGUGUAUUGGAUGUCUAUGGCGUCCUGCAUCAGUAUUGUGACAGCUACCACGGUGACCAUGAUCGCGAUCGGAGUGCAAGCCCCAGACGAUAUCCAAGUGGAUGCGACCACCGAGGUUUCUUUCCAGAAGGCGUUCCUUGCCGUAACCAACAUCAUCUUCGCUUACAUUGCCCAUGUCGCCUUCUUCGGGUUCAUCUCGGAAAUGCAUGACCCCCGGGACUUCCCCAAGUCCCUGACGAUGCUUCAGGUGGUGGACACCAGCUUGUACAUUGUGACGGCGAUGGUCAUCUACCGCUACGCUGGCCCCGACGUGGCAUCUCCCGCUCUGUCGUCCGCCGGACCUGUGAUGAAAAAGGUUGCCUAUGGCCUGGCGAUUCCCACCGUGGUGAUUGCCGGUGUCGUGUUUGGCCAUGUCGCGUGCAAGUAUAUCUACGUGCGCAUUUUCCGAGGAUCCGCCCAUCUGCACCAGAACAGUUUCCUGGCUAUCGGGUCAUGGGUGGCCAUUGGGUUGAGCGUCUGGGUCGUGGCCUGGGUGAUUGCAGAGUCGAUUCCUGUGUUCAACGAGCUGCUAAGUUUGAUUAGUUCCUUGUUUGGAAGUUGGUUCAGCUACGGGUUACCCGCCAUCUUUUGGCUCGUGAUGAACAAGGGCCGGUGGUUCUCAACUCGCUCCAAGAUCUGUUUGACCAUUGUCAAUAUCCUCAUCCUGGCGUUCGCUUGUGCCCUGUGUGGCAUGGGUCUCUACGUCUCGGGUAAAUCGAUUCAUGACAGUUCAUCCAAUGCAAGCUGGACUUGCAAGAACAACGCCACCUAG